UGUUUAUUUAUAUUAGGUGGAGCUUAUUAAUGCUUCAGGGGUUUGGAUCAAAGCAGAACAGUUAAGUUUUAUACGAAGUCUCUACAAAGACAAUCCAAAUGAAAUGAUUCGUCAGUUGAUGAAAAGCCUGGUAGGAGAGGAGGUCUUGUCUAACAUGACGGCUAAAGGAAAAUCUGAUAAGCCAUGUAUCAAUCCUAAAAUCAGCGACGCCAUUAAACAGUACGUGAUGAAGAAUUCCACCAAAGACAUAAAAAAUUUCACUCGCACUGUGAAUUUAUAUUGCUCAUCACUCGGGAGAAAAAAAAAACAAUCUAUCGAUAAUAGUAAGUUGAGCUUAGAAAAUACGAUGACUUCAAAAAAACGAGAAUUCGCAUCGGUUUCUUCCCGAGUGAAACACAAAAAAUUGUGCACAGAAAAAAUAAAUUCAUCAUCAUCAUCAUCAGAAUUUUCAUAUUCUGAGUCACAGUCUAAAUCAAUUGAAAUUGAUUCUGAGAAUGAUAGUGAGGAAGAUACUGGUGUUCCUGAACAGGUUCGUACACCUUCUCCAAAAACACCUAUCAAUCCUUCAGAAACACAAAAGUUUGCAAAAUCCCUGAUUCCUUCAAAUCAAAAUCAAGAAACUCCGUACAGUCCAUUCAAAUUAUAUCCCCCUACAGCUCCGUCAGUUCCAUUUACCGGUUUGUGUCAUCAAAUCAUUUCUAAUAAUCAGCGGUCUCCAGUUUAUCAUUCAGACUACCAUAAUCAUUCACCAAAUAUUACUUUUUAUAAUAAUAUUAAUGAUAUUCAUCGUCAAAAUAGUUAUAAGUUGAUCCUCAGUCUCUCAUUCAGAGACUCUAAAACAGUCUCGCAGAGUCUCUCAUUCAGAGAUUCUAAAACAGUCUCGCAGAGUCUCUCAUUCAGAGACUCCGAAACAGUCUCGCAAAGUCUCUCAUUCAGAGACUCUAAAACAGUCUCGCGAGGUCUCUGA